AUGCGGGAUGACGAAAAGGUGAGUGGGAACAUUUACCUGAGUGAGGAGGACGGCAAAGAAAGUAAUUCAAAAAUUCUGAGUAUCGUAAAUGCAGAAGAUAAGGAAAGCACAUUGUGUAAAGUGAAUAGUAAAGUAGGGGAGGAAGAUUUGCUGUGUAUAGAUAAUACAAUGAAAAAUAGGAAAAGAAUAAUAAUUGAAAAACUAGUUUUAGAAAAUUUUAAAAGUUAUUCAGGUGUAAAGGUAAUAGGUCCUUUUUAUAAAAAAUUUAGUUGUAUAGUAGGUCCUAAUGGUAGUGGUAAAAGCAAUAUCAUUGAUGCUAUGCUUUUUGUAUUUGGUAGAAGAGCAAAAAAGAUAAGGCAAAACAGGCUAUGUGAUCUCAUACAUAACUCCAAAUACUCGAUGAAUAAUGAAUACACGAAGGUUUCCAUUUAUUUUAAGACGAUUCGGGAUGAGGAAGAAGGGGCGGAGGAGCAGCAUCAACUGGGGGAGCAGCAUCAACUGGGGGAGCAGCAUCAACAGGGGGAACAACAUCACCUGGAAAGUAAAAAGGGACUUAAAGAUAGUCAGGAUAACACGUUAGGCCCCCUUGAAAAGAGUACACACGAAAGUGAUAAUAGCGCUGAAAGUGAGAGUGAAAAUUUCAUCAUCAGUAGAGAAGCCACGAUCGACAAUCAAUCUAAGUACAGAAUAAACGACAAGGUUGUAAAUCAAAAGGAAGUGGUGGAUCUGUUAUACAAAAAGGGAAUUGAUCUGAACAACAAUCGAUUUUUAAUAUUACAAGGGGAAGUAGAGCAAAUCGCUCAAAUGAACCCAAAAGGCAAUAAAAAUGAUGAAGGGCUUCUUGAAUACCUGGAAGACAUAAUAGGAACAAAUGAAUAUAUUGAAAGUAUCAACGAAAAUUUUGAAAAAUUAGAAAAGUUUGAAGAAGUUUAUCAUGAAAGGGUGAAUAGAUUAAAACAUGUAUAUAACGAAUUAAAGGAAUUGGUUACACCAAAAAAAGAAGCAAAAUAUUAUAUGGAUUUACAAAAAUAUACAUAUAAAUUGCAUAUACUAAUUUAUAAAAAAGAACAGUAUGAGCUAGCUAAACUAAUGGUAAACAAAGAAAAUGAAUUACAUGGAUAUAUAGAAAAAAGAGAUAAUCAUAAUAAGGAAUAUAAAGAGUUAUUAGAAGAAAGAAAAAAUAUGAAUAUUGCUUUAUCAAAAUUAGAAAAUGAAGAAGAAGAAAUUAUUAAAAAGAAGAAUAAAGCUGAUAAUGAAUUUAAAAAGUUAACUACUCAUGAUGAAAAUAUUAAAAAAGAGUUAAUAGUUAUCGUUGAAAAAAUGCAAAAUCUGUAUGUUAAAAGGGAGGAACUAAAAGAAAAGAAAAUACCAUUAUAUAAAAAAAUAAUACAAGAAAAACAAAAAGAAUCAAACGAAAUAAAAAAAAAUAAACUACCAAAAUUAGAACAAGAAUUAGAAAAAUGUGAAGAAGAAUUAGAAAAAUAUAAUGAAGAUAUAAAACAAGACACAGAUAAAAUUAAUACCAUAUAUUCUAUUGAGGAAAAGAAGUUAGCUCCUCUACAAAAUUAUUAUGAUAAUUUGAUUAAAAGUACAUCUGAAUGUACAAACAAAUGUAAUAUCAUAGAAAAGAAACAAAAAGAAUACUUAACACAUAUCGAAAAUUUGAAAUAUUUACAAAGCAAAAUUUUAAACGAGUUAAAAGAGAAAGAUAUCCAAUCAAAGCACAUGUUAAAAUUAGAAGAUGAGAAAAAAAAAAUGGUGAAAUAUAAAGAAAUACAAAUAGAUGAACUGAAAAAAAAAAUAGAAAAAUUAAAUUCUACUCUUAUAAAAGAACAAGUUACAUAUGAAACAAUAAAAAAAGAAGUAGUCACAGAUAAAACAACAAAUAAGCUACAUGAGUUUAUCUAUAAUUUGAAAAAAACAAAAAUUAAAAAUAUACAUGGUAUGUUAGGAGACCUAGGGUAUAUAGAUAAAAAAUAUGAAAAAGCCUUUCUAAUAGCAGGAAACAAUUGCUCCGAUUUUGUUAUUGUAGAAAAUCCAAAUGAUGCUGUUCUUUUAUUUGAAGAAAUUAGGAAGCAUAACUUAGGAAGAGUAAACGUUCUGUCGCUAUCCAUUUUAGAAAAAAAUUUAAUGCAAACGAUGCUCAAGAAUGAAGAGAAUUAUACACCUCUGCUUCCAAAUGUACAUAGACUAAUCGAUUUUAUAAAAUUUAAAAAUGAGAAAUAUAAAAUUUGUUUUUAUUUUGCCUUAAAAGAGACCCUACUAGCAAAUAGUCUAGAUGAAGCACAUGUUAUAGGGUACUCCCACAAAAAAAGAGUAGUAACACUUAAUGGGGAAUUAAUAGAAAACGAUGGUAGGAUCUGUGGAGGAGGGUUAAGCAAACAUUUAAAAAGUGGAAGAGAAAAUAGGCAUAGUGCUUCCAAUCAUGGUAGUAAUAGUAAUAGUAGUACCGGAAUUGGAAUUAAAACGAGUGAAUACGAUGAAUCAGAUUUGCUGAAAGUGGAAAAAACUGUAGAAGAACUGAAUAAGAAUAUGGAUGAAUUGAAAACACAAAAAAGUAUAUUACAAAAUGAUAUCAAAGAUUUAAACUCGUUUAUUGAAGAUAAUGAAUGCAAACUCGAAAUAACAAAAAAGAGAAUAGACAAUUGCAAAAAACAACUCCAAGAUAUAGAUGAACAAUUGCAAAAUUCAGAGGUACCUCAACUAACGAAAGAAGAAGAAAAUGAGUUAAAUGCUUUAAAAGAAUUAAUUGAAGAAAAAAAUAAUGAAAAAAGUAAAAUUGAAAUUAUUCUAAAAGCUCAAGAAAAUAAAGUAAAAAAAUACUACGAACAGCUACAAAAUGUUGGAGGAGAAAAAAAAAAAAAUCUUAAAAAUAAAUAUAUCAAUGCAGAAAGACAAUUAAAUAUUGUGAAAGAUGAAUUACAAAAAUAUAAUAAUGAUGAAGUGAAUGCACUAGCUAAUUUAGAAAAAGGAGAAAAAGAUAUUAUUAAAUUUACUGAAGAAAUUGUUGAAUAUGAAAAUAAUGAAAAAGAGCUUGAAAAUGAACUAAAACAUGUUGAAACUAAAGGAUGUACCAUAUAUGAAGAAGUAGAAGAAUUAUCAAAACAACUAAACGAUAUGCAAAAGAAAAUUGAAGAAAAUCAAAAAAAGAAACAAAUCAUUGAUGAAAAUAUUUCUAAAAAAGAUUUAGAAAAUGUCGAUAUUGUUUACAAAAUAAAGCACACUCAAAAAGAAAUCGAAGAGUUUAAGGAUAAAAGGAAAUAUUACCAGUCCAAGAUUGAUGAGUAUAUGGACCUCAUACAACAAUCUGACAAAAUUAUACGAGAAAAUAUGCUCUCCCACGUGAAAAAUGGCAAAAACGUCCAUGCGGGUGGGGCAGCGAGCCAAAGGGCUGACAGUCCACACUCGGAUAAGGACGAAGAUGAACAAGAAGAUAAUGAUGAAGAAGAGGAGGACGAUGAUGAAGAAGCGGAGGAUGAUGAUGAAAAUGAGGAGGACGAUGAUGAAGAAGCGGAGGAUGAUGAUGAAGAUGAGGAGGACGAUGAUGAAGAUGAGGAGGACGAUGAUGAAGAAGAGGAGGACGAUGAUGAAAAAGCGGAAGAUAAGGAUGCAGAUGAGGAAAGCACGGGAGAUGAGGAACAAAAGGAGAAAGAAAAGUGCGAAGGGGGAGAAGGUAGUAAAGAAAAACUCAAACCAAGUGAGGGUGGCCACGAAAUAAUGUGCUUAACAAACUCAGAAGAGGGAAAAAAGAGAAGAAUAUAUCACAGCGAUGAGACAAAGGACCCGCACAAACAAAAAAAGAGGAAAAAUGAGAAAAAUCGAAAAAAUAAGAAUAAGAAUAAGAAUAAGAAUAAGAGUAAGAAUAUGAAUAAAAAGGGGAAGAACAGGAAGGAGAAGAAAAGGAAAGAAGAUGAUGACGAAGAUAAUGAACUAAAGGAGCUUGAAGAUAUGUAUGAUGAAAACCAAGAAUUCCAAGAAAUAGAUAAUAAAUAUGAUUAUGUUAAUAUAAAAGAUGAAGAACUAGAAGUACUAAAUAAAAAAGAAAUUGAAACAAAACUUGAAAAUAAAAUACAUAUACUAGAAAAAAAAGCACCAAACUUAAAAAUUUUUCAAGACUAUAAUAUAAAACUAUAUGAUUAUAAAAAAAGAAGAAAGGAUGUUAAAAAAUCUAAAAAAGAAAAAGAUAAAAUUAAAAAAGUAUAUGAUAGUUUAUGUAAUAAAAGGAGAGAAGAAUUCCUAGUUGCAUUCAAUAUCAUUUCAUCCAAAUUAAAAGAGAUGUAUCAGAUGAUAGCAAUAGGUGGAGAUGCAGAAUUAGAAAUUAUUGACUCCUCUGAAAUAUUUAAUGAAGGAAUAUUAUUUUCUGUUAGACCACCUAAAAAAAGUUGGAAGCAUAUACAAAAUUUGUCAGGUGGAGAAAAAACUCUAAGCUCAUUAGCUCUAGUUUUUGCUCUUCACUAUUUUAAACCAAAUCCUAUUUAUUUUAUGGAUGAAAUAGAUGCAGCUCUUGAUUUUAAGAAUGUCUCAAUAAUUUCACAUUACAUAAAAACAAAAACGAAUGAUGCUCAGUUCAUUGUAAUUUCUUUGAGGAAUCAAAUGUUCGAACUUUGUGAUAGGAUGAUUGGCAUUUAUAAGACCAAUGACAUAACCAAAUGCAUAACCCUCAACCCUAGUAAAUUUCAAGAGGACCAAAGCAGCUAA